GGCCGCGAGUAGUCCGCGCUGCGGCACAGAGCAGUGGCUUGCUCUCCGAACCCGGGUCGCUGGCGGGUAAGGUGGCUUCGUGGCAGCCUCACUUAGCGCCCGCGCCGCUGGGCGCGGGGGAGUCGAUUUGCACUGUUCCGGGUGUCGGCUUGGGCGGGACGGACGGUUCUGCCUACUCCUCCUCUCCAGUGUCAUCCUGGGGCUGAAUCUUCAACCUGUCAAAGCCUACUUAAUUACGUCUGAGAAAAGGAUCCUGACUGAGUCAAUGCUUUACAUUCUCAGUCCUCUGCAUAAAGCUGAGAGAUGCCUACUGCUGAGAGUGAAGCAAAAGUAAAAACCAAAGUUCGCUUUGAAGAACUGCUUAAGACUCACAGUGAUCUAACGCGUGAGAAGAAAAAACUGAAGAAAAAACUUGUCAAGUCUGGAGAAAACAUCUCACCUGACACUAUUAGAAGCAAUCCUCACCAUAUUAAAGAAACUACAAGUGAUGAUCCUGACACUGUUAGAAGCAAUCUUCCCCAUAUUGAAGAAACUACAAGUGAUGAUGUAAGUGCUACUAACACUAACAACCUGAAGAAGACCAUGAGAGUCGCUAAAAACAAAUCGAGGAACACACAGUCAGCAACUGAAAAUCCUAAUGAUGAUGUUAGUGUAGAGGAAGACAAACAAGGAAAGCCAAAUAAAAAGGUGGUAAAGACGGUGUCCCAGUUGACUACACAAGAUAUGAAAUUGGAAACUCCUGAGAAGGAAGUUGAUUCUACACACCAGAAAGCGCGUACAAAGCCACAGCCAGGCCUUGAUCAUCAGAAAAGUGAGAAGGCAAAUGAGGGAAGAGAAGAGAAUGAUUUAGAAGAGGACGAAGAACUGAUGCAAGCAUAUCAGCGCCAUGUAACUGAAGAAAUGGCAAAGGAGAUUAAGAAGAAAAUAAGAAAAAAACUGAAAGAACAGUUGACUUACUUUCCCUCAGAUACUUUAUUCCAUGACGACAAAUCAAUCAGUGAAAAAAGGAAAAAGAAAAAGAAAGUUCCAGUCUUCUCUAAAGCUGAAACAAGUACAUUGACCAUCUCUGGUGACACAGUUGAAGGUGAACAAAAGAAGGAAUCUUCAGUUAGACCAGUUUCUUCAGAUUCUCAUCAAGAUGGUGAAAUAAGCUCAAUGGAAAAAAACACAGAAGGCAGCAUGCAAGAUGACACAAAACCUAAACCAAAAAAGCCAAAAAAGAAGGCUAAAGCAGUUACAGAUGAUAACGAAGAUGUUGAUGGUGAUGGUGUUCAUGAAAUAACAAGCCGAGAUAGCCCAGUCUAUCCCAAAUGUUUGCUUGAUGAUGACCUUGUCCUGGGAGUUUAUAUUCACCGAACUGAUAGACUUAAGUCAGAUUUUAUGAUUUCUCACCCAAUGGUAAAAAUUCAUGUGGUUGAUGAGCAUACUGGUCAACAUGUCAAGAAAGAUGAUAGUGAACGACCUGUUUCAUCUUACUAUGAAAAAGAGAAUGUGGAUUAUAUUCUUCCUAUUAUGACCCAGCCAUAUGAUUUUAAACAGUUAAAAUCAAGACUUCCAGAGUGGGAAGAACAAAUUAUAUUUAAUGAAAAUUUUCCCUAUUUGCUUCGAGACUCUGAUGAGAGUCCUAAAGUCAUCCUGUUCUUUGAGAUUCUUGAUUUCUUAAGCAUGGAUGAAAUUAAGAAUAAUUCUGAGGUUCAAAACCAAGAAUGUGGCUUUCGGAAAAUUGCCUGGGCAUUUCUUAAGCUUCUGGGAGCCAAUGGAAAUGCAAACAUCAACUCAAAACUUCGUUUGCAGCUGUAUUACCCACCUACUAAGGCUCGAUCCCAAUUAAAUGUUGUUGAGGUGUUUGAAUGGUGGUCAAAAUGUCCAAGAAAUCGUUACCCAUCAACACUGUAUGUAACUGUAAGAGGACUGAAAGUUCCAGACUGUAUAAAGCCAUCUUACCGCUCUAUGAUGGCUCUUCAGGAGGAAAAAGGUAAACCAGUGCAUUGUGAACAUCACCAUGAGUCAAGCUCAAUAGACACAGAACCUGGAUUAGAAGAGUCAAAGGAAGUAAUAAAGUGGAAACGACUCCCUGGGCAGGCUUGCCGUAUCCCAAACAAACACCUCUUCUCACUAAAUGCAGGAGAGCGAGGAUGUUUUUGUCUUGAUUUCUCCCACAAUGGAAGAAUAUUAGCAGCAGCUUGUGCCAGCCGGGAUGGAUAUCCAAUUAUUUUAUAUGAAAUUCCUUCUGGACGUUUCAUGAGAGAAUUGUGUGGCCACCUCAAUAUCAUUUAUGAUCUUUCCUGGUCAAAAGAUGAUCGCUACAUCCUUACUUCAUCAUCUGAUGGCACUGCCAGGAUAUGGAAAAAUGAAAUAAACAAUACAAAUACUUUCAAAGUUUUACCUCAUCCUUCUUUUGUUUACACGGCUAAAUUCCAUCCAGCUGUAAGAGAGCUGGUAGUUACAGGAUGCUAUGAUUCCAUGAUAUGGAUAUGGAAAGUUGAGAUGAGAGAGGAUUCUGCCAUGUUGGUCCAACAGUUUGACGUUCACAAAAGUUUUAUCAACUCACUUUGUUUUGAUACUGAAGGUCAUCAUAUGUAUUCAGGAGACUGUACAGGGGUGAUUGUUGUUUGGAAUACCUAUGUCAAGGUUAAUGAUUUGGAACAUUCAGUGCGCCACUGGACUAUAAAUAAGGAAAUUAAAGAAACUGAGUUUAAGGGAAUUCCAAUAAGUUAUUUGGAGGUUCAUCCCAAUGGAAAACGUUUGUUAAUUCAUACCAAAGACAGUACUUUGAGAAUUAUGGAUCUCCGGAUAUUAGUAGCAAGGAAAUUUGUAGGAGCAGCAAAUUAUCGGGAGAAGAUUCAUAGUACUUUGACUCCAUGUGGGACUUUUCUGUUUGCUGGAAGUGAGGAUGGUAUAGUGUAUGUUUGGAACCCAGAAACAGGAGAACAAGUAGCCAUGUAUUCUGACUUGCCAUUCAAGUCACCUGUUCGAGACAUUUCUUAUCAUCCAUUUGAAAAUAUGGUUGCAUUCUGUGCAUUUGGGCAAAAUGAGCCAAUUCUUCUGUAUAUUUAUGAUUUCCACGUUGCCCAGCAGGAGGCUGAAAUGUUCAAAUGCUACAAUGGAACAUUUCCAUUACCUGGAAUACACCAAAGUCAAGAUGCCCUGUGUACAUGUCCAAAACUACCCCAUCAAGGCUCUUUUCAGAUUGAUGAAUUUGUCCACACUGAAAAUUCUUCAACAAAGAUGCAUCUAGUUAAACAGAGACUUGAAACUGUCACAGAGGUGAUACGAUCCUGUGCUGCAAAAGUCAACAAAGAUCUCUCAUUUACUUCACCACCAGCAGUCUCCUCACAACAGUCUAAGUUAAAGCAGUCAAACAUGCUGACCGCUCAAGAGAUUCUACAUCAGUUUGGUUUCACUCAGACCGGGAUUAUCAGCAUAGGAAGAAAGCCUUGUAACCAUCAGGUAGAUACAGCACCAACGGUGGUGGCGAUAGGAAGAAGGUAACUGAGCUGUGAAGCUACCGAAAUCUACAUUUGUGGUGAUAAGGAUUUGAACAAGGGGACUAUCGGGAUCAAUCUGGAAAUGGAAAUAGAGGUAUGCUUAUAAAAAAGACUUGGAGAUGAGAGCUGAUGAAAGGGACUCAAAGGAAAACUUGUAGUUCAAAAAGGAGAUCCCAUUUUUGGAAGGCCCGGGCAUAGGUUAUGGGAAGUCACGUAUAAUUGCGUGCAGGUUCUUCACAAUAGGCAUCCAAAGGCCCCAUCCGAGAAGGUGGCGUAGGUCCAGAGUCUUUAGAAACAGCUGAGUCAGGAACGAUUCUCCUCCUACCCACCUCCGAAAUCUCUUCCACAGAGCUGUUUAUCCAAACCACAAAUAUGAUCAUGUAUUUAAGAUCCUGUGGUGUACCUCAUCACCUGCCAGAUGAAAACUUAAUUGUUUCGUAUGUCAUUUGAAACCCUUCGGCUACUUUUCUAAACUUAUCUCCAGUUUGUCCCAGUACUCACUCUGGCCACUGAGUUAUUUGCAGUUCCUAAAUAUGCCUAUGGUUUCUCACAUACAGAAGCAAUGUUCAAAGUAAAGAACACUGAUUCCAGAACCAAAUUACUUGGUGUCAAGUCCUGAUUCUUUGGCUGUGUUUGUCUUUAGUCACGUUUCUUUACCUCUUUGUGCUUCAGUUUGCUCAUCUGUAAAUGGGGAUAAUACCUACCUCGUGGAAUGUUAUGAGAAAUAAAUGAGUUUAUGCAAAUGGGACCUCGAUAUAUUUCUGUAUACCAGCUGCUGAAUAUUAUUUAAUUACAGGAGAUAGCCAGAUAUUAAGGACAAGAAUAUAUUUCAAGCUUGAGAAGUAAAACUAGGUCAAGAAUCAAAGGGAGGACCCAAGGGUCCCAGUUAGGUCAAGGAGAUCAGGAACAAGGAAACCUGGUGAAUGUUGCCUCCCACAGCUGGCUUGUGUCUUAGUCAAUUUUCUUUCUUCUUUUUUUCUGUUAUUUUUUUUGUUGUUGUUUUAUUUAUGUGUGUAUUUAUUUAUUGCAUAUUGUGACUCUUCCCUGGAAUCAGUGCAGAAGUUCAGUUACGCCAGGACAAUAGGCAUGAACUGGGACUAUCUGGGGCAACCCUAAAUAUCUGAUCACCUUAUUCAUCAGUUCUGUAAGUGAUGAUAGCCUAAGUGAUCUUUUACAAAUGUAAAUCAGAAUGGGAUAACCUCCUGCUUAACACCCUCAGUAACUUCUCCUUAUGUUUAGGAUAAAACCCAAACCCUUUCCCAGGGCCUAUAGGACCUUGCAUGAUCUGCUCUCUGCCUGUCUCUUCAGCAUCAUCCUAUGUUACUCUGUUCUGAGUUUCUUGAGCAUAAGUAACCUUUCUCCCACUCACCCAUAGACCUUCGAAUAUUUGGUCUCUCUGCCCCUGACUAUACACAAGCUUUUGCAUAAUAGGCUUUUUCUUGAGAUCCCAGGUAAAUGUUAACUUUUCAAAAGACCUUCCUUCACCCCCAUUAGUCUUUAUUAUUACACCUUUUUUUUUUCUCAGCAGUUAUCCCAAUUUGGAAUUUUUUUAUUUAUUUUCUUAUCUGGUCUUCCUCAGUUGGAUGUAUGUUCCAUGAUAGCAUGGACCAUGUCCAUCUUACUCACCACUGCUUAUAGGCCUUCAGUGGAUACUGCUUAAAUGAAUGAAUAUAUAUGUGAUGAAACUAUAAAAAUAAAUAAGAACAGAGGGCCAGCCUGGAUGUGUGUCCAUAUUUUAAAAGUUGGAAGAAGAGCCCUCAAAGAAGACAAAAUGUAGAAAAGGAGGCAGGAGAUCAGGGAUAACGUAGCAUCUCGGAAACCAAUGCAAGUAUGGAAAUGGAGGGUGUUUUUAUGCUAUCUCUGGGAGAAUGAGAGCAGGGCCCAGAAAGGAAGCUGGAUGGUCACACUAGGAGGCAUGGUGAAUCAGAAGCAAUUCAAGAGGCUCAUCAUGAGAGGAGAUGGAAAAUAGAAUAGCAAUUAAUUUAGCCCUGUGGAUAUGUUACUGACUCAUUUCAGAAAAGAAAACAUUUUGCCAAAAGAACUGCCAUGAGAUAAACCUAUAUAGAAUGUGAAAUAAAUAUUUCUUUUUCCAUGUUCUGUGAAAGUGAAAAGUACAGUUUGGGUAAUUAUACAACAGUAUUCCGUUCAAAAUAAAUAUUUAUCAGAUGGAAGGAAAGAUCCAGCAGUAUGAAUGAGGCAGGAGAAAGAUGCAAACUGAGUUUUAGCAUUUGACAAAGGAGUAGAGUAGGUCAAUUGUGCAAGGUGUCUUACCAAGGGACUUACUUUUCUAAUUGCUAAAAUGAGGAGAGUUGAAAAAAUUGAUCUUAAAGUCAACUUUUGGGUCUGAAGUUCUGUGAGUCUUUUUCAACUGCUCGUAUUGCUCAAAGACAAUAUAUUAGAGCAGAAAAAUGAAGCACAUCUCUAGUGGUCAUCCUUUGAAUGCUCACUUAUCAUUUUAUUUAUUCUUAGGAUUCAGUUAGAAUUCACUUCCCUAUAUUAUAAUGUGGCAGUUAACGCCACCACCAUUUUUGUUGAAAACUUCAUGCUGCUUAAUAAGUGGGCAUAGGUUAGUUGUUGUUGGUAGAUCAGAAUCUAAGUCUCUUCACUAUAGGGCCCAGUCUCCACCUUCAUAAAAUCAGUGCUUGAUAAACAAUGCUAAGCAGUGGGAUGUGGGAUCCAAAUAUCUGUGCAAUUUAGCCAGCAGAUGGGUUGGAGAACACAUGUAGUAUAUAGUGUGAAAGAGGGAGGACACUGGUCAGGCUGCCUAGUGUUCUACUGAAUGAACACCCAGUAAUCUGUUUUCUUCAUUUCAUAAAAUCUCACUAUUUUUUCUAAGAUAAGAAAAGGGGCAGGUGCAGUGGCGCAUACCUGUAAUACCAGCACUCCCAAGGUGGGAGGAUCGCUUGAGGCCAAGAGUUCAAGACUGGCCUGGACAACACAGCAGGAACCCGUCUC